AACGUGAGAGCGUUAAGGACUAGUUCGAAACCAAACUCUCCGCAGUUCGAGACGUCGUCGCUCGCGAACGCGUGGACGGCUGGAGUGCGGAAGUGCGGAGAUGCUCACAUAAGCUGUAUUGAUCUAAUCACGCUAUAGGUAGUCCGGAUGUCUCGUUCAGAUGUGCUGUCUCUCUACAGGAGGGUCCUGCGCAUCGCACGCAGCUGGACAGCGCAAUCUGCUCUUCCACACGACACUGACACAGAGAGGAAAUAUAUCGCUCAGGAGGCUCGAACCCUCUUCAGACAGAACCAGCAGAUAACAGACCCAGAAUCAAUCAAGAGAUGCAUUGAAGAGUGUGACGCUCGGAUAGAGAUAGGACUGCAUUAUAGGAACCCCUAUCCUAGACCAACGUAUCUUCCUCCGAUGGGUCUGGCCACUCAGAAAGGCAGAAAGCUGCGAGCUCAGCAGAGACUGAGGAAACAAGCCAAGCCGGUGUACCUGCAGUCUCACGAUGAGACCUGACACACAGACUGUACAGACGCCACUGUACUGAUCCUAAAGCGUUCAAAAGCACCCGGAAACAUUAGAAAAUUCUUGUCUGUUCCUGUUAUUUCUAGCUAAAUGACAGCAUUGUGAAACAGAUCAUAGUGAAGUUAUUCUCACUACCAGCGCAAAGCAUGAUGAAUGAUAUAUUAGGAAUAGUUCACCCAAACAUUCUAUCAUUGUUUACUCGCCCGCAUGUGUUUCCAAACCUGUAUGAGUUUCUUUCUUGUUAUUUUGAGGAAUGUGGGUAAGCAAAGAGCUGCUAGUCCCCAUUGACUUCCAUAGAAUGGAAAUAAAAUUGCAUGGAAGUCAGUGAUGGUAUUUUCUUCAAAAUAUCAUCUUCUGCAGAUGAAAGAUGAAGUUGUAAAUGAAGUUGUUUGGAACAACAUGAGGGUGAAUAUAUAUCCCUUUAACGUGAGCUGUUUUGUUUGAUGUUAAAGGUGUAUUUAUUAUAUUUGUCAUAUACUGCAUUGUAUAAAGGUCUCAGUUAAAGUUGCAUUUAAAAUAUCUAGCUGUAUUUAAAUUAAAGUUUAUUAUUUCUCAUGUCA